UGGUUUUACUCGGGUUAUCCAUCUGCUCUGCUUUUAUGGCUGCAACAGCGUGAGCAAUCUCACUUGGGUUUUUUUGUGUUUUGUUUUUUUCCCUCCUUCCUUUCCCCACCCCUUUCUCUCUCCCUGUCAGAUAUCUGUGUAUCCAGGUCCUUUUGCAUCACUGUUAUCCAGGAGCCCUGGAAGCCCCCUCAGUCCCAUUCCUUCCAGUUUCACCUCCUGCUGUAGCUGAGCUGUUGAGACAAUGGAGCUCAGGACUGUGGUAGCCACCGUGGAAAGCGGGGAGCAAGACACAGUUCUCAAGGUGCUUCAGAUCUACAACCAGGAGAAAUCUCAGUGCUUCACCUUUGACGAUGAGGAGCGGGAAGAGAGGAAGAAAAUGGCCCAGCUGCUGAUCAAGUUCCUGGAAAGAGAGCUGCAGCCAUCCUGCCAGGUCACGUGUUUGGAAAGCAUCCGCAUCCUGUCCCGGGACAAAUACUGCCUUGACCCUUUCACCACCAAGGAAGGCCUGAAGACCCUCUCCAGGCAUGCUGGCAUUGAUUACUCAGAGGAGCUCAUCCGGGAGGUCCCAGACUUGGAUGUAAUCCUGGAAUCCCUCAAAUGUCUCUGCAACAUUGUCUUCAGCAGCCCUAGGGCACAGGAGCUGACAGCUGAAGCCCGGCUGGUGGUGGGCCUGGCCAAGCGCAUCAAACUGUACAAUGAGAGGAGCCUUCCUCAUGAAGUCAAGUUCUUUGACCUGCGUCUCCUGUUCCUGCUGCCAGCGCUGCUGACAGCGCUGAGAGUGGACAUCCGGCAGCAGCUAGCCCAAGAGCUCAGGGGCGUUAGCCUGAUGGCAGAUACCCUGGAGCUGACCCUUGGUGUAAAGUGGUUGGACCCCUACGAAGUUGCCACCGAGGAGGGACUUCUCCCACCUUUGCCUCGGCAAGAGACAGAGCGAGCCAUGGAGAUCCUGAAAGUUCUCUUCAAUAUCACCUUUGAUUCCAGCAAGAGGGAGGUGGACGAGGAAGAUGCUGCUUUGUACCGGCACUUGGGUGCCCUCCUGCGCCACUGCCUCAUGAUCUCUGCUGAUGGAGAAGACCGGACAGAGGAGUUCCACAGUCAUACGGUUAACCUUUUGGGCAAUCUGCCCCUGAAAUGUCUGGACGUCCUUCUGACCCCGAAAGUCCGGCCAGGCUCGCUUGAGUACAUGGGUGUCAACAUGGAUGCCGUCAGCAUCCUGCUGGAUUUUCUAGAGCGACGCCUUGACAGGGGACACAAGCUGAAGGAGAGUUUGACCCCUGUGCUGAACCUGCUGACUGAGAGCGCCCGAGUCCACCGCCAGACGAGGAAGUUCCUGAAGGCAAAGGUGUUGCCGCCGCUCCGGGAUGUGAGGAAUCGGCCGGAGGUGGGGAACUCGCUGCGGAACAAGCUGGUGCGUUUGAUGACCCACAUCGACACCGACGUGAAGCACUGCGCGGCAGAGUUCCUCUUCGUGCUCUGCAAGGAGAGCGUGUCGCGGUUUGUGAAGUACACGGGCUACGGGAAUGCAGCUGGGCUCCUCGCAGCACGAGGCCUCAUGGCUGGUGGUCGGGAAGAGGGAGAGUACUCAGAAGACGAAGACACAGACACUGAGGAGUACAAAGAGGCAAAGCCCAACAUUAACCCUGUGACGGGACGCGUUGAGGAGAAACUACCCAACCCCAUGGAAGGGAUGACUGAAGAGCAGAAGGAAUACGAAGCCAUGAAGUUAGUCAACAUGUUUGACAAAUUGUCCAGAGAGCAAGUCAUCCAGCCCAUGGGCAUCACGCCGAGCGGCAACCUGGCCCCCAUGGAGAAUGCCAUCCGCGAUAUGGCUGAUGAGAGGUCGUCGUCCGACUCAGACCUGGGGCUGGACUGAUCCAGACCUCUCGCCCCAGCCUCGGAGAGCUGGGCAGCCUCCACCCGCUCUCCCUCCAGAACUGGUGCUGCACCCAGAGGCUAGUACUGGGCCAGGACUCUGCCUGUGGGAUCUGGAUCCAGCCUGGACCCCUCAGUCCACAACAAGGAACACCUCCUGCCUCCUUUCCAGCUCCAUAGCCACCUCUCCUUCCAGAGGGUCUUCGUGGCCUGGCUCCACCUUGGUCUCUCCUGUCAGCAGCCUUGAGGAUUUCAGACUCCAAAUUGCUUCCAGGACUUUCCAGUAGGAUUUUUUUUUUUUUUAAAUAUGUGAUGUUUGGGA